AGAUGGAAAAUAAAAUUAAUUAAGAAGCAUACUUCACCGGGUUAUUUACGUAACUCCCAUAGCAAUUUAUACACAUAGAGUAAAUAGUUAGAAUCAGAUAGUAAACGUUUGACUAAUCGAAACAAUUAUACUUUAUCGUUGUCUUAUAAUAUUUUCUCAAUGAAUUCUGCUGCUUCUACAGCGCUUCGAGCAGCUAAAGAAGCUUUAAGAGUUGAAGUUAAAAAGAAACUUCUCUCUAUGUCUAAAGACGAGAAAAUAAGACAGACAAAGCUUAUCACAGAAAAGUUGUUGAACUAUGAGCGUUUCAAGAACAGCCAUAGAAUUUCUUUGUACUUGAGUACUGAACAUGAGGUUCAAACACAUGGAAUCCUGGAACAGAUUUUGAAUAUGGGAAAAGAAUGUUUUGUUCCUAAAUACGAUCCAAACAGCCAACAUAUGUAUAUGGUCAAACUUCACUCUACAGAUGACUUGCCCAAGCUUUCUCUGAUGAACUGGAGCAAUGGCCAGAAAGUUGAGGAUAGCAUUCGAGAUGAUGCUCUUGUUGCAGGUGGGCUAGAUUUGAUGGUGAUCCCUGGUUUAGCCUUUGACAAACGAGGUGGUCGUAUUGGAACUGGCCAGGGCUAUUAUGAUGUCUAUAUUGAUCAAUGCUUACAUGAUCCUCAUGGUCGUCCUUACCUAAUUGGUUUAGCAUUUCAGGAACAGAUACUACACAGUAUUCCUAUGGAUGAGCAUGACUUUGUUGCUGAUGACAUUCUCUACCCAGAUAAGUAGAACAUGUUCAUGACUGAAAUAAAUUCUUCAGUAUGCUACUUUCAGUCUGUGUUACAAUAGCCUUAUAUAUAUAUAUAUAUGCUUUAUUUUUAGCAUGGUUUGCAUUUAGACUUGCAGUAUCGUCGUUAUCGAGAUAGUUACUUAGAUUCUCAUGUACGGGACUGACCUUUGGCAUAGCUCUUGUCAUACAACUUCUGAACAGUGUACCAGUGGAUAUAAAUUAUACCAUUCUUUGAUAUUUUAUUUUGAUCAGAAUUAGCUGACACUUAUGGAUCUUACCAGAAGAUACGA